AGGGCGUGGAGUGAGGUACGAUGAGAUCGAUAUGGCGCUCUUCCGCGCCAAGCUCUCCUACCAUGCGACAGCUGAAGAGCGCAUGGCGUCGCGAGAUCCGAAUCUGGUCUCUAUCUCGGAACAUCAAGCGAGACUGUUGAGGCUCUGGGAGAUGCACCAGCACUCGAGGGAGGAAAAGAACGGUGGUAGCAUGACACCGGCCGAGAGGAACCAGCUGGCGCAAUUUCAAUGGCGAUACAAGCGCUUGGAGGACCUCGCCACACAGGGCACGAGGUAGCAUAAGACCACAGCAGCAUCAGCAUGAGAGCUAAUUGGGAGAGCAUCAUUA